AUGGUUUGGGAUCGACUGAUAAUUCCAACGGAUACAAUACCAAAAAGUCUCUACUGGCAACCAACUGACUGUUCACCAAAUAAUGCCGACUUACAACAGUUAAAUAUUUGCGCUGGAAAGGAGAAAAUUAUUUCUGUUAUACUCAAUGAAUAUGAUGCCAAUGAAAGGGUUUUCUUAUCACUUAAUCGAUAUGCUGAAAAGACGUACUCAAUGGCGAUCUAUCACAGCGUUGAUAAGAAUGAAAUAAAUCAAAAUAUUGGUGACAUGCACGAGUGGAUUCCAAUUUUUGACUAUCCAGCAAUGCCCACUACUGACUUAGUGAAAGUGCCGGCGAUUGGUGCGGGCAUCUAUAAAUUCAGAUUCGGAAAUGAACAGGUUUCGCUUGCUCACUCAUCUGAUUUCAUUUCAUUUCUUGACCCAUCAGAUGUUUGUUUGUUUGCUUUGUUUCCUUGGAUAAACAAGUUCACGUAG